CUCGAGCGAAAGCAGAGUCAAAGCAGCAUCCAUCGAACAGUUGAGUUGAGUCACAAAAAAUACGAUGACAUUGGUUGACGAGGUGGAGGUGGAAGUGGAUGUGGAGGUGGAGGCGUCGGUGCCAGUAAAGAAGGUGCCGUACGGUGACAUAUUCGAGGCGUCCCGCGCUGGCGACGUGGAGCGGCUCCGGUACCUGCUGGAGACAGGCGUGAACGUCAACGCGCGGGACCAGUGGGACUCGGUGGCCCUCUACUACGCCUGCUUGGUCGGCCACCUCGACGCUGCUCGAAUGCUCCUCGAAAACGGCGCCAUCUGCUCCGAACACACCUUUGAUGGCGACCGCUGCCACUAUGCCGCCCUCAAUCUCAAGGUCCGGAAACUCCUUAAGGCAUUUGAGGCGCGGCCACCGCCCUUGGAACCCUUACAGGCUGCUUUGCGUGACACCUUCCUCGCUUGUAUGCAUAACAAAAUUGUAAUGCUAAGUAGAAAAGAAACAAUGCGUGAUAUAACCUGUAUUAGUGAAUUUACUUCAUUAAAUUACUUCCCUCCAGAUGUAGUAUUUAUUGUACAAGGAAAACGUAUUCAAACUCACAGAGUCAUAUUAAGUGCAAGAUCACCAUUUUUCAAGAAAAAGUUUACUACUGAUUGGAAGGAUCGCAAUGAAGUUAGAUUCUCAAAGGAAAAAUUGUCAUAUCCUGCACUUUAUAGCCUUGUACACUUCUUUUAUUCAGACAGAUUAGAGAUUGCCAUUGAUGAUAUGGAGGAUCUUGUGAGAAUCUGCAAAGUAUGCAGAUGUGAAUCACUGCAUAAAGUUAUUGAGAAAGAACUAAUUCAUCAAAAAUAUGCAGACUAUAAAUCGUUGGGAAAUGUAGAUAAUUCUCAGAAACGGUAUAUUUUACAAGGUCUAUCCCUUCCUGAAGAAGACAGGCUUCCUGCUGCCUUGCAUCGAAUCCUUCUGACUGCCCUUUCAAAUUCAACCCAUGAAAGUGGUCAAGAAGAUAAAUUGGUUUCUAUGAUGGAUGCCAUGCAGAUGGCCAAAUCUGUGGAUGAUCUUGCUGAUGUUUGUGUAAAAGUUGAUAGAAAUAUUUUCCGCUGUCAUCAAGUUAUUCUAGCAUCCAGGUCAGAAUACUUCAGAGCAAGAUUAUCACAUAUGAAGAACUUCAAUGAGGGGAAACAUGACUUAUCUGUUGACACUCUUCCUUGUGUAGAAGAACAUGACUUAAGCAAGGAAGCCUUUGAGAAAAUGAUUGAAUAUAUGUACACUGAUCGUUUGCAGGACAUAAAUCCAGAUCAGGCUGAAGAAAUGUUUGAUGUUGCUUCUAGAUAUUUAUUGUUUCCUCUCAAGCGUGCAGUCGCUGAUGUCUUGUUGCCACACUUGGAAAUGGUUUCACUUGAUGAACAUUGCCAUUGGUUAAUACUAGCAGACAUGUAUGGUGUUUUCAAGAUUCGGGAGUAUUGUCUUGACACCAUUGCUUGCAAUUUUGAAACUUUUGCUGAUAGUAAAGAGUUCCGGGCAAUGUUGCUGACUUUGCCUCCACCAUCUGGAGACUCGUCCCUUCGUACCACUGUCCCUAGUAUUCCUGGAUCUUCUCUUAAUACUGAUCAAGGAAAUCUUCUUGAUGAUUUACGUGAGAAAUGGCUUGCAAUUGAAGCGGCUGAGCUUGACAAGAGAGAUGAGAGUGCUUUGCAAUUUGACAAGCGACUAGAGAUGCUUAUGCUUGUUGCAGAGCAAGAACAAUCAUCAGAUAAUGCUGAUUCCGAUUACACUAGUGCAUUUCUUCCCAAUCACUACCCUGAUUUAAAGUGAAAAAGAACCCGGAUUUUCUGAGCACUUCUUUUUCCUACAAAAUUAAAAUAAAAUGAUAGAUAUUAUUGCAAGUCAUCAUGGUGCUAUUCCGUAGAAGCUAGAUAUUAAGGUCACUGUAUUUAAGUUGAAUUUUUUGUAACUUCAGUUGCUCGGACAUUCCUUAAUUUUUAAAUUUCCUUGUAUGUUUAGUAGAAAAAAAAUGAAUAUAUUGAUU